GAGGGAGAGCAGUGAGGCCGGGCCGGGUGCGCGCGCGCGGGGCGGGCCGCGGUCGCUCUGCGGGGAUGUGACUCGGGCCGAGGGCCAGCGGGAGCGUCGGCGCUGCGGGCCGUGGGGGUCGGCGAAGGGGCCAGACCCUGCAGCACCAGACUCCUUCUCGAGAGAAAGAUGGGAGCCCGCGGAGCUCUGGCCCUGCUCCUGCUCUGCGCGGCUGCCGCGGGGGCCUCCGAGAACUCCAGCACGUCCCGGGGCUGCGGGCUGGACCUCCUCCCGCAGUACGUGUCCCUGUGCGACCUGGACUCCGUCUGGGGCAUCGUGGUGGAGGCGGCGGCCGGUGCUGGCGCCCUGAUCACGCUGCUCCUGAUGCUCAUCCUGCUGGUGCGGCUGCCCUUCAUCACGGAGCAGGAGAAGCGGGACCCCGUGGGCCUGCACUUCCUCUUCCUGCUGGGCACGCUGGGCCUGUUCGGGCUGACCUUUGCCUUCAUCAUCCGCGAGGACGAGGCGGUGUGCGCGGCGCGCCGCUUCCUGUGGGGCGUGCUGUUCGCGCUCUGCUUCGCCUGCCUCGCCAGCCAGGCCUGGCGCGUGCGGGCGCUGGUGCGGCGCGGCAGGGGCCCGCCGGGCCCGCAGCUACUGGGCGCCGCGCUCUGCCUGACGCUCGUGCAGGUGGUCAUCGCGGCCGAGUGGCUGGUGCUGACGGUGCUGCGCGACGCGCGGCCGGCCUGCGCCUACGAGCCCGCGGACUUCGCGUUGGCGCUCGGCUACGACCUGGCGCUGCUGGCGGCCGCGCUGGUGCUGGCGCUGCUCGCGCUGUGCGGCAAGUUCCGCCGCUGGAGGCGGCGCGGCGCCGGCCUGCUGCUCACGGCCACGCUCUCCGCGCUCGUCUGGGCCGCCUGGCUGACCAUGUACCUCUACGGCAACGCCCGGCUGCGGCACGGCGAGGCCUGGGGCGACCCCACCCAGGCCAUCGCGCUGGUGGCCAGCGGCUGGGUCUUCGUGCUCUUCCACGCCAUCCCCGAGGUGCACUGCGCCCUGCUGCCCGCGCCGCGCGAGGACGCGCUCAACUACUUCGAUGCGCCGCCGCCCCGGGUGCGCGAGACGGCCUUCGAAGAGGAUGCGCCGCUGCCCCGGACCUACCUGGAGAACAAGGCCUUCUCCUUGGACGAGCACAGCGCAGCUCUCCGGACAGCAGGGUUCCGCAACGGCAGUUUGGGAAGCAGACCCAGCGCUCCGUUUAGAAGCAAUGUGUACCAGCCGACCGAGAUGGCCGUGGUGCUGAACGGCGGGACUAUCCCAACCGCACCACCAAGUUACAUGGGAAGACACCUCUGGUGAGAGACGCAGGCCGACCUCUGAGGGCUCUCUGGGAGGAGUCAGCCACUGCGGCCGCACAGGCACCUCCCGCCAGAGCUCUGGAAACCCUAGGCCAGGGCCAUGAAAUGUGAGCACUGCUGAACGGCGAGCUAACCCAACUGCCCCCCCCUCGCCCCGCAGCCUCGACCCCACACACUGCAGCGAAGCUAAUUGCCAGUAGUGUUAGCUCCUCGCAAACAGGGCAGGAAGCCCGUCGCAUCCUCAGGUGGACCAGCCCCGUGCUCACAGCUGGGGGCCAGGCAGCUGUGGGUGAACGUGGAGGUGCCCCCAUGCCCCCGGCCUCCGGGAGGUGCUGUCCAUUGAGGGGCCCACAGGGCUCUCUGCCUGCACUUUCGGGGUCAGGAGCAGUUCAGGAGGCUGUCAUGUGAGUCAAAGGAGAGGCCAAUCGGAUCGGGAGGCAAGCUGUCCCCCGGCCGCGAGGCGCUGUCAGUGCCAAAAGGGGUUUAGCCUGGGAGUGGGAGUGACCAUCACAGUCAGAAAGUGGCGAUCUGCCACGGCGCCUCCCGGGGCCUCUGAACCAGUGUCCUGGCAGGAUGAGGCGCUUCCUACCCCCCUUGUGUUGCCGCCCACCAGCGGCCUCGUGCCCGCUACCAUUCAUUUCAAAGGCUGAAGUGGGGCCACCAGCUUGAAGCUCGGGGUCGGCAGGCGGCGGGCAGGCGCCUCAGCAGAUUUCCCAGAUGAGGCACCGGUGCCUCCGGGUGGAGGGUGGCACUGCUGCCUGGCAUGCGGCAAGCUGGAUGCAGCAUCGAGCUUCCUGCUGCACGGGCGGGAGUGGUACAUCGCUAACUUGGUGCCUGCAAGGUCCAUGAAAAUGGUUCGAGUCCUCCAAGCCAUUGUCCUGCGUGGCUCCCACCUGUCCCCAGCAAGUCACUCCCGGUCCCUGCAUUCCACAGCUCAGCACCCAGCCCACACACGCUGCACUGUUUGGCCAGCACAGCUGCUAACAAUUCUCGGCGCGUCUCAACUGACGGCAAGGGGUGCACAGGAGGCGGGGCCUGAACAGCCCCGAUGCCUGUAACCUUUUAGGAAAAUGGAAAAGGUUAGUGUUUGGUGAGGGGAACUGACCUCUUCAUAACCAAUGUAUCUGAGCUGAGUGUGUUUUAAUAAACUUGACUUUUCUCCA